AGAGAUAGGCCUCGUACACGAUCCUCGCUCGGCCGUGGAACGACGAAGACGAAGGUACCAGUCGUCGCGUGCGUCGGACGGAAGAAGGAGAGGGACGGACGCGUACCAGUCGUGGAGAGAGAGGAAGAUGGAAGAGAGACGAGGAAGAGGUUUACGCGCGAGCAACGGAAAAAGACGGAGCGGCGUAAUUGAUAAAGACGGAGACGACGGUUGGAAGCAGGAAAGGAGAAUCGCGUCGGGUGGGAGAAAUCGGUGGUAGGAUUCGGCGGAGACGAAGGGAAGAGGAUGUCGCGCGCGUUCCCGUCGCGGCAGUGUGAGUUUACCGCGUCGACGGGAGAGUAUUCAUUCAUAAAACUAUAAGCGAGGAGCGAGGCUAGGCGAACGAACGUCGGACCGGUGGGGACCCCUGACACCCGAGAGACACGCUCUUCUCUCUUCCGAGCGAUCUCAUUCUCGUCUGGCGGUCUAUCGCCUUUCCUUUGUCCUCUCCGUCAGCGAUGUUCUUCUCGCUUUCGCGUCUAUCGAUCGAAAAGCGUACUAGCGUUGUUCUCCGAUUUUUGGAACAGCGUCAACGGAGCUUCCUCUUCCUAGUUGAAUCGGUCUGAGUUUUAUCGGUAACUUGAAACAGUUUGAAUAAGGAAGAUUUAUUUUUCUCUGAUCGACGUUAUAUCGAUGGGUAAAUCAGCUUUCUAAAAAUUGGGCCUAGAAAAUCCUGUUUUACGAUUCGCAGUAGAUUAUCAGCAUACGUAAAUGAUGAUUUCUGAGAAGUUUCGUAUUGCGAGAUUUGUAUAGCCGCAGUGUUUGACCCGGUGACACGACGGUGAUUCCUACGAAUCCGUCCAGCGAUUCGAAGGACAAGGAACAGCUCGGUACGGUGUGCGCGUCCACCUCCGCCGCCACGUCCCGCUGCCUCGAAUAAACUCUCUCGAUCCCCUCCCGACGACUACGUGUUCCCGUCUUCCUCCGUUCUUCGUUCAUCCCUCCACAGUCGACCGCGACGAGCGUCCUCCUCCACGUUCUCUUCGUCCAGCUGGCUGGCCUGGCUCGCUCGCUCUUUCCUCUGCCUCCUCUCUCUUCCACGUUUCACCUCUUCUUCUUCUUCUUCUUCUUCUUCUUCUGGUCUCUUCUGCCCCGCGCCUCUCUCCUCGCGUACGCACUUACCUGCGGAACGCGGUCGUACGUGCUCGACGGUGGCGCUUCGGCCUGACGAACCAACGAUCCGCUCUUCGGUAACCGAGAUCAACCUCGAUCCUACGUCCAGAUUCAAACUCCAUCGUUAAUCAUCGCCGGUGCCAGUGCCGCGUUCUGUCACGCCCGUUUCGUUGGAUCCGGUCGGGUUCGUGUGCCACGUCUGCCUCGAGAACGUCAAAAGACGGAAGAAGAACGCCGCUCGAAUGGGAUCGGAGAUCGCGCCACGAAUUGGAAGUUCCUCGCGUAUUUUCGGAGCCAGGCCCGUCGUUCCCGGUGUACACGAUUUCCGCUCCGGAAUACGUGCCCCUACUCUUGGCCGCCAGUACCGUCGUUGCGCAAGCAGAUACUCGAAAAUAGCCCCCUGGGUCGCGGUUAUGAAUUGAUAGCAAACACAUGCUGGACACACGCCGGCUCCAUCCAAUACGCGUCUAACCGCGCCGCGUUAACCGUGCGCGUUUCGAUUUACCCGGGACGAUUCUCACCUGUCGCGUCGUCCACCUGUGCGCGCCUCUAGUCGAUCGGGACUCUCCUCGUGGUUCCGAACGUGGUGAAUGAUCGUGCGAAAGUCGAUCGGACCUCUGGAGAUCAUGCGUUUUCAGUGAAACGUGACGAUCGGUAACAUUAAUCGGGGGAUUUGUUCAGGUUCGUUAACGUGAUCCAGUGACAGAGUGGAUAGCAAUGGCAGUCGAAAUCGUUCGCGAGUGUGUCGCCGAUCGUUGGUAAACAAGUCGACGUUCGAUACGUUAUUAUGGGAUAGAAGAGGAUCGACCGUCGUUUUCUACGUCGAGCCUCGCCUCGAUGUCGCGACUGAUCAAGAUCGGACGGAUCGAUCUCGACCGAUGGGCGAGACCGAAUUGGCGCGAGUGAACCGUGCGUCCCAUCUCGGCGUGGAGAUGGAAUAAAAAAAAAAGGAGAAGAAAGGGAAAAGUACAGCAGCGAAUGACAGUGAUCCGGGAGAUUCGUGUAUGUACAGUGAGCACGCGAGGACAGCACUCAUGUACGUUGACUAUAGCGGCGACGCUUAUGCCGGAAUGGGAAUCAAGGCCAUGAAGUCCUUCGCCAGGCCCAGAGAUAUACCGGCGCAAGUGCCGCCGUUAACACCUGGGACCAACAAGAAGAUGACCGAGGCCCUGGAGGCCUCGUUCGCCUCCUGGGAGAAGGAACGAGUCCGCCUCAACAUAACCAAAGAUCCGAGGCAAUGGUCGGAAGCAGCUGUCGCUCACUGGUUGCAUUGGGCGAUCGGCGAAUUCUCGUUGGAGGGUGUGGCGAUGCAGCCUUGGCAGCACAUGACCGGGAAACAGAUUUGUGCCAUGGGGAAGGAAUCCUUCUUGGCGCGUGCUCCAGCUUUCAUGGGAGACAUCCUGUGGGAACACCUCGAGAUCCUCCAGAAAGAUGUCGACGCGGCGAAGGCCUCAUUGGAGAACGUACCGGGGAGCAUGUACGAAAACGUAUGCGUGCCAGAUUUAGGUGAUUUCCUGGGAUACCGGGUGCCGACGACGCCGGUUCAACAGGUAGCCACGCCGGAACACAAGAGUCCAGCGACGCCAGCGAGUUCCGCGGCGGGGAACUCGUCGGCCACGCAAACCACCGGGAACCAAACGGCGACCCCCGCAGCGGCUGCGAACCCGUUGCAACCACCUUCCACCGCGGUCCCCGUGUCCUCGAGACAGUAUCAUAACGAUGGAGGCUAUAAUCACUUACGUAGUCCCGUGUGCCAAGAGGAGAACCAGAAGGAUGAAACAUCGCCGCCACCGCACAACCAUAACACGCAAGCACCUAACUCUCAUUCCACCACUCCGAACAGUAACAACAACAAUAAUAACAACAACAGUGCGAACAACGCUUACAUACAUUUACGGAGCUUAAACCAGUUAAAAACUGAAUCGAAUUAUAGCAAUCACCAUAUAACGGAGCACCUCCAGGGAGGCGGCGGUGGAUUGACGAGCGGUAACGAUCUCGCGGGUACAGGGAGCAACGAGAGCGACUUGAGGGUCAGUCAAACAGCGACGGAGAGCUACAUGACUCCGGCUCAUUAUUCUGGCUACGACGAGGCCUCGGAGUAUCACAGUUUGUCGCAGGAUCAUCAGCCGCCGCACCCUUACAUGGACGGUUCGCCGGAGUUCUACAGCACCAGCGGGAUUCACCUAGAGCCGAAGUAUCAACCGUCGCCGUUUAAAAAUUAUCCUCGUGGUCGAUAUCACGAGGGUUAUAGCGAAGGCAGCGGAUACGGACAGUACGACGCAACGCCAUUCCAAACGGUUCCAGGAAGCGGAAGCGGAGGUGGAGGUGGCGGCGUUGGCGGUGAUCAAUGGGGCGUCGGUCCUCUGGAGCACCUGUCCCAUCAUCCGGCGUUCCUAGCCGGUCUUGGACCCAGGGAUUCUUCCAAUCCUCAUCACGCGUCGUCCAUUGGAAACAAUCCUGACCAGAAGCCCCUCCUGCAGAGCGCGAUGAUCCCCGGCUAUACAAGUUUCCUUGUGGACGUUCCAGGCAGCGGGCCAUGCUUCACCGGUUCCGGACCUAUUCAACUCUGGCAGUUUCUGUUAGAACUGUUAACGGACAAAUCGUGUCAGGGGUUCAUCUCGUGGACCGGCGACGGCUGGGAGUUCAAGCUGACGGACCCGGACGAGGUGGCGCGUCGUUGGGGCAUUCGUAAAAACAAGCCUAAAAUGAACUACGAGAAGCUGAGCCGCGGUCUGCGUUACUAUUACGACAAGAAUAUCAUACAUAAAACAGCCGGCAAACGAUACGUUUAUCGCUUCGUCUGUGACUUACAGAGUCUCCUAGGAUACAGUCCUGAAGAACUCCACGCAAUGGUAGACUUGAAACCAGAGAAGAAGGAAGAAGACUGAAUUUUUGUUUGAAGACGCGAUUGAGGACUGUCGUUUUGUCGAGAGAAAGUAAAAGAAAGAAGACUUCGAAAGUGAUUCCUCGAGCACUAUCGCGCUGAAACAAUGAUAACGUAACGAGAACAAUGUGAAACGAACAAACGAGAUCAGCAGGAGGAAGCAAAUGGUGUGUCUGUUGAACGAAAGAACUCUUCUCGCGAACAGAAGACACAUUGAAAAAGCAGAAUAAUUAUUGUCGUCUCCUAACAUUCAGAUACGUAUACACAUAUAUAUAAAUAUAUGGUUAAAUCGAAUCGGUCGUAUGUACCAAAGACAGGGUCUGCAUACCAUUGGUGCCUAAAGUUAAAACGAAAAAUUGUGAAUUUGUUUCUAAGUGAUUAAUUUGCCAAGCCAGAUUUUAGAUGAUAUUUAUAGGAAAUAAAAAAAAAACUCAACAAUUUAUACAUAUUAUAUAUAUUAUACAUAUGAAUAUAUAUAUAAAUAUAUAUAAAUAUAUAUAUAUAUUUUUAAUGUUACAUGAUUUCUAAACAGUACGUCGAGCGCACACGGUGCGAUAUCUAAAUUAUUUAUGUCCGAAUCAUUUAUGAACGUACGUGUUACAACACCAACACAUGUGAUUGUUAUUAUACUAUAAUUUUACCAUUACAAUAAAGCCAUUAUAUCAUUAUUAGA